GAGUGCGAGGCCUGCUAUUACCCUGGGGACCUCGACACCUCCGUCGACGCCUGCGCGCGCUACGAGGAUGCCUGCGACGCCACCUGCGACGGCUCCGGCGACGAAGACGAGGCGGACGACGAAGACGAGGAGGACGAGGAGGACGAGGAAGAGGACGAGGACGAGGCGCCCGACGACUGCUGCUCCGAGGUGAUGUCGCCGCACAUGGAGUGCGUCUACCCCACGGACUCGACCUACGACCGAGACGAGGUCACGGAGCCCGUGAUCUCCUCGGAGGCGCUCCAGUUCGCCACGCACGACGACUGCGCGGCGCACGACGCGUACGCCGACUGCGUCGGCGAGACGGCCGAGCGCUGUCAGUGGAUCUUCCUCUCGUCGCCCAAGGGCGGCUUCUGCCGCGUCGACCCCAUCUCCAAGUGCCUCGAGGUCGGGAACUGCGUCUGCAACACGGAGGACUUCCAGGGCGGCGGCGCGGGGCUCGGCGACGGCAUCGUCUUCCUCGCGCCGAUCUCCGUGACGCCGCGCGACGUCGCGCCCGACUCGCUCGUGACGGCCUACUACGAGGCCGCGGCGACGCCCGUCGACGGCACGGACGAGCUCCACCCGCGCGACGAGGCCUUCUUCGUGAGCCGCGUCGACUUCACGGCCAAGACGCUGACCUACGAGCUCUCGGCGUCGUUCCCCGCCGAGAGCACGGUGCUCUUCAAGCUCCACCACCUCUACCGCGACCAGUGGCUCGAGGGCGACGUCUACGAGGGCCCGUCGCUCGCGGUCCACGUCGAUUCGUCGGCGGACGACGAGACCGUGCUCACGGUCAACGGCGAGGCCUACGCCUUCUCGCCGCUCAAGACCUGGCACUGCACCCAGGUCGCCAUCACGCCGACGCACAUCUUCGUGCGCGGCGAGGCCGACGAUCGCUCGGGCCCUUCUCCGGCGAGCUCUUCGACGUCCGCGUCUACGCCGGCGCGCUGUCGGCCGACGAGGUCGCGACGGUCGGCGCGCGCUGCGGCGACCCGGGCGACCUGAAGAUGCUUCUAGACCUCGAGACGGAAUUCUUGCGGGGCGGCUGCGACCCGGACGUCGACGCCGUGCCGUCCGACGACGGCAUCCAGACCUACGGCUCCGGCGCCUUCGGCACCUUGUGGGUCGCGGCGGCCGAGUACGGCACGGACUGGUGGACCGAGGACUUCGACGAGGUGCCGCCGGGCACGAACGGCGACUUCGCCGCGGACAUGUUCGACGAGCUGGUCGUCGGCGACAUGUACGACCUCACGGAGGAGAUGUUGGAUUUGGACCACUACUUCCAGGAGCAGAAGAUGCUCUCGCACGUCUGGGAAAGGUACUACUUCGAGACGGACAUGAUGGCCGUCAAUCUCGCGCCCUGGAGCUGGUACGCGAGCGGCUCCGAGGUGCCCGGCUACAGCGCGCGCGACUGGAACAACCCCUGCCGCUUCCUCCACCAGCACAACAACGGCUGGCUGUUCCCGUUCUACGGCAGCGCGAUCGAGAAGUGGGAGCCGACGGACGACGGCGAACUCUUCGACUUGAAGACCUUCUACUACGACCGCGGCCACAGCGGCUACGGCUUCGUCGUCCACGAGACGUUCCACGGGUUCCAGGGCGAGCUCUGCGGGACCUACGGGACCUGCGGGGGGCGAUGGCUCGCGGAGAGCACCGCGUCGUUCGGCUGCGACUACAACUUUCCGGGCACGGACACCUACACGAUCCCCUACGUGGCGACGCCUCCGAUCCCGCUCAACAUGUUCUUCGACGUCGAGCCGUCGACGCACUUCAUCGACCUGGGCAUCUCGGACAGCGUCCGCGGCGGCCACAUCUACGCCGCGUUCCUCUUCUGGUCGUUCCUCGCGAACCACGCGGGCCAGCCCGGCGCCGUCGGAAAGAUGUACUCCGUGGACCUCGGCAACGCCGGGGAGCUCCUCAAGCUCCGGGCCCUCCUCUUCGCGGAGGGCCUCGACCUCGGCGACGUCUUCGCGAACUUUGUCGCGCACCUGCGCACCGUCGACGACCCGCUCUUCGCGGACGAGAUCAGCCUCAUGAUCGAGACGAGCUUCGACGCCUACAAUGCCGGAAUAUGGGCCGACAACGAGGACGGCGGCUGCCCCGUGGCCUGCGACACGUGCGAGGUCGACGACUGCGCGGACAGCGAUUCGUGGACCUACGGCGGCGACGACGACCAGGACUGCGCCUGGGUCGCCGAGGACGCGGACGCGCGCUGCUCCCUGGAGGGCGACGGCAUCUUCGGGUCGUCGACCCUGGAGGACCUCCAGACGACGGUGGCCGUGAGCGGCGCGACGGGCGGCUCCGUCGCGGGCCCCGCGGAUUCGAGGCCGGGGCCCUUCGGCUGGAACGCGCUCAAGCUCGACGGCUUCGACGCAGGCGACUUCGUCACGAUCACCGUCGCCUGGGACGACCUCGACACGGACGACGCCGACGCGAACCCGGCGGACCUCAACGCGGUCCACGCGUCGUGCGUCGACGACGACCGCUUCUUCUCCGCGCGCGUCGUCCGCCUCGACGCCGACGGCGGCCGCACCUACUGGAAGCUCGACGGCAAGGACCCCGAGUCCGUGACCGUCGAGAUCGGCGACGCGGCCGACGUCGUCCACGUGCUCCUGGUCCCGACGCCGCCGGCGGACUACGUCGACGACGAGGAGCGCGUCUACGACACGUUCGAGCCCGUGCCCUGCUACGGCUACGCCUACGAGGUCGCCGUCGCCGACUCGGGGUCGGAGACGGCGAGCGCGGACAUGGCCUACGGCGUCCUGGCCUACGCGGACGCGGGCGACUGGUUCGAGACGCGGUGCACGUGCACGACGCUCGCCGACGACCUCUCCGACUGCUGGGCGCCGCAGUUCGCGGCCGCCGAUCACCCGCCGACGCCGACGCAGGAGCCGACGGAGGGGAGCGAGCCCGUCGCGGCGCCGACGGCGCGGCCGACGCACGCGCCCGGGGAGCCGGUCGCGGCGCCGACGGCGCGGCCGACGCGCGACCCGACGCGCGAGCCCACGCCGCGCCCGACGCGCGAGCCCACGUCGCGCCCGACGCACGCGCCCGGCGAACCGGUGCCCGCGCCGACGUCCGACCCGACGCGCGGCCCGACGACGCUCGGGCCGACGCCCGACCCGACGACGCGCCGCCCGACGCGCGAGCCCACGUCGCGCCCGACGCACGCGCCCGGCGAACCGGUGCCCGCGCCGACGUCCGACCCGACGCGCGAGCCGACGAAGGACGCGGGCGACGUCUGCGUCGACGAUCCCAUGGGCAUC